UUCCAUUUUUUUUGGCGUUUUGAACUUUGAAACUUUUUAUUAUAUUUGAUUUGCAUUUUAGUUUCCUUUAAGACGUGAAAUCGGCUAACGAAAAUCGUUUGGGGAAUAUUUAUUGAAUGCAUAUAUUAUACAUAUAAACAAAAAUCCAACAAUACAAUAUAUCAUUUACAUAAACAGAAAUAAAUAAAACAAAGUUUAAGAAAAAUAUGUCAGCAAAAGCGAUUCGUGAAGCUACCGGUAAGGAUAUAUUAAAUCGUCAUUUAAAUCAUCAUGGCGCCAUAUUUACACCGUGCCGAUUUGCUACAGUCAACAUGCAGACUGAUUGGUCAGAUUUAGUUGCACAACAACAGUGGCUUUCAAAUACGUCUUUAGUUGUAAAACCUGAUCAAUUGAUUAAGAGACGCGGCAAAUUGGGUUUGAUUGGCGUGAAUAAGAAACUGGCCGAAGUAAAAGAAUGGAUAAAUGCACGUAUGAACAAAGAUCAGAAAAUUGGGCAGGCCGUAGGCAAAUUAAGGAAUUUCAUUAUAGAACCAUUUGUGCCACACACAGAUGCUGAAGAAAUGUAUGUUUGCAUCUACUCACAUCGUUCGGCCGAUACUAUACUGUUUUAUCAUCAAGGUGGCGUUGAUAUUGGGGAUGUUGAUGCUAAAGCCUUAAAACUUGAUAUACCGGUUAACAGCGAUGUUACAAUGGCGGAUAUUGAUAAUAAGCUUUUGUCUCAAGUUCCUGUUCAGAAAAAAGAACGGGUGGCCAAAUUUAUUUACGCGCUAUACAAGGCGUUUGUUGAUCUGUACUUUACAUACUUGGAAAUUAAUCCUUUGGUUGUAACCGAUGAUAAUAUAUAUGUAUUGGAUUUAGCGGCGAAAUUGGAUUCAACGGCAGAUUUUAUUUGUCGUCCUAAAUGGGGCGAUAUCGAUUAUCCACCACCCUUCGGACGUGACGCUUAUCCUGAAGAAGCCUACAUAGCUGAUUUAGAUGCGAAAAGUGGAGCCUCGCUUAAGUUAACUAUACUGAAUCGCAACGGCAGGAUUUGGACAAUGGUAGCUGGUGGUGGAGCUAGCGUAAUUUACUCAGAUACUAUUUGCGAUUUGGGUGGAGCGAAUGAAUUGGCCAAUUAUGGUGAAUACAGUGGGGCACCAUCUGAGCAGCAAACCUAUGAGUACGCCCGUACUAUCCUUAAUUUGAUGACUUCGUCCCCUAAACAUCCCGACGGUAAAGUUUUAAUAACUGGCGGAGGUAUUGCAAAUUUUACAAAUGUGGCAGCCACGUUUCGUGGCAUCGUCACCGCUCUAAGAGAGUUUCAGCCGAAAUUGAUGGAGCACAAUGUAUCCAUAUUUGUACGACGGGCUGGACCUAACUAUCAAGAGGGUUUGCGCAAGAUGCGUGAAUUUGGUAGUACUCUUGGUAUACCAUUGCAUGUGUUUGGCCCUGAGACUCACAUGACAGCGAUUUGUGGCAUGGCUUUGGGUAAGCGACCUAUACCUCAAGCUCUUAAUGCUGAAUUCUCCACUGCCAAUUUCUUAUUGCCUGGAGGACAAAAUGCUCAGCCUGAAUUGCGAACAUUGGUGGGUGAUUGUAGCAAUGGUAACGCAGAUAACAUAAAAUCGAAUGAUGUCCACGAUAAUGUGGCUACUGGCACGCGUAAAUUUUUCACCAAUAAAACCAAAGCCAUUGUCUGGGGUAUGCAACAAAGAGCUGUACAAUCCAUGUUGGACUUUGACUUUAUUUGCAGACGCGACGAACCUUCUGUGGUAGCUAUGGUAUACCCUUUCACCGGCGAUCAUAAACAAAAAUUCUACUGGGGUCAUAAGGAAAUAUUAAUACCGGUCUACAAGAAUAUGUCCGAUGCCGUUACCAGACAUAAAGAAGUGGACGUAAUGGUAAAUUUCGCUUCCCUUCGUUCAGCUUACGAAUCCACCAUGGAAGUACUAGAUUUUCCUCAAAUUCGUACAGUGGCCAUUAUAGCUGAAGGUAUACCCGAAAACAUGACACGUAAAAUGAUUGUGGCGGCCAAUAAGAAAGGGGUAGCUAUUAUUGGCCCUGCCACUGUAGGCGGUGUUAAACCGGGUUGUUUUAAGAUCGGUAAUACCGGUGGUAUGUUAGAUAAUAUCUUACAUUCCAAACUAUACCGGCCAGGCAGUGUAGCUUAUGUCUCCCGUUCGGGUGGUAUGUCCAAUGAACUUAAUAAUAUUGUCUCGAAAGCCACGGAUGGUGUUUUGGAGGGCAUAGCUAUUGGUGGCGAUCGUUAUCCAGGCACUACUUUCAUGGAUCACAUUAUGCGCUAUCAGGCGGAUCCGGAGGCUAAACUUAUCGUUCUGCUGGGAGAGGUAGGUGGCACUGAGGAAUAUGAUGUCUGCGCUGCUUUAAAAGAUGGACGCAUUACUAAGCCUUUAGUAGCCUGGUGCAUUGGCACUUGUGCUGGCAUGUUCACAUCUGAAGUUCAGUUUGGUCACGCCGGUUCAUGUGCUAACAGCGAUCGCGAAACCGCAACUGCUAAAAAUAAGGCCUUAAGAGACGCUGGCGCUUAUGUACCGGAUUCUUUUGAUACCCUCGGUGAGUUGAUACAGCAUGUGUAUGCCGAAUUGGUGAAAACGGGACGUAUAAUUCCGCGUGAGGAAGUGCCACCACCUACUGUUCCUAUGGAUUACUCAUGGGCUCGCGAAUUAGGACUAAUCCGGAAACCGGCAUCAUUCAUGACUUCCAUAUGUGAUGAACGUGGCCAGGAAUUGUUGUACGCUGGUAUGCCUAUCAGCGAAGUACUAAACAAAGAUGUGGGAAUCGGGGGCGUCAUAUCUUUGCUAUGGUUCCAGCGUUGUUUACCACCAUACGUUUGUAAAUUCUUUGAAAUGUGUUUAAUGGUGACCGCUGAUCAUGGACCAGCCGUGUCGGGAGCACAUAACACAAUUGUUUGCGCUCGUGCCGGCAAAGAUUUAGUGUCAUCAGUAGUUAGCGGUCUAUUGACUAUUGGUGAUCGUUUUGGUGGUGCCUUGGAUGGGGCAGCACGUCAAUUUUCAGAAGCUUACGACACCAGUUUGCAUCCAAUGGACUUUGUUAAUCAAAUGCGUAAGAAGGGUCAAUUAAUUAUGGGCAUUGGUCAUCGCGUGAAAUCCAUCAACAAUCCAGACGUACGCGUCAAAAUUAUUAAAGAAUUCGUUAUGGACAAUUUCCCCGCAUGUCCCCUGCUAAGAUACGCUCUCGAAGUGGAAAAGAUCACCACCAGUAAAAAGCCAAACUUAAUACUGAAUGUAGAUGGUGUUAUAGCGACCUCCUUCGUCGAUAUGCUUCGAAAUUGUGGUUCAUUUACUAGCGAAGAGGCUCAGGAAUACAUUAACAUUGGCGCGAUUAACUCACUCUUUGUAUUGGGACGCAGCAUAGGUUUUAUCGGUCAUUACAUGGAUCAGAAACGUUUGAAACAGGGACUCUAUCGUCAUCCUUGGGAUGAUAUUUCCUAUGUUAUGCCGGAGCAAUUUAACUAACUUCCAUCAUUUCAUAUGAUACACUGGGCUUAUAUUAAAUUUUAUGUUACUAAUUCACUUUAUCUCAUUUGUGUCACAAUUAUGAAACGCUUCGUAUUUAAAACGACUUUAAUGAUCAUACCUCCGAAAAGUGGUUUUAAAUAUUAAUUUUCAAGUGGACUUAUUUAUAUUAACUGAGUUACAAAUGCAUUUAAGUUUUGUACAUUUCAUCUUCAUCCUUUAGUUUCUUGCUGUAUGAUUUUUUCUUUUCUGUUUAGUUUUUCUUCUUUUUUUCCAUCGAACGUAAUUAAAUGUUCGCUAUCCCCGCACCUAGCAAACACGGUUGUUUUUUUUUUUUUUUUUUUUUGUAAGAUUUGUGUGAGAAUUUAAUGGUUAGAAAUUGUUAAUAAAAAGUAAUGAAACACAUGCACCCUUACUUAGUCCUUCUUAAACCAUUGAAAUCAUUUCUCUUCCUUGAACAUUGUUGUUAUUAAAUAUGAAAAUAUAUUAAAUAAAUUAAUUUAGUUGUAUGUGCACAAA